AUGUUCGUUUAUUGGACAGUUAUCACUAUGCUGUGUUUGAGUCAGCUGCAGCAGCGGCGUUGGAACGGAGUUUCGUCGUUGAUGUAUCCGAACGACUACGGUCCGACGCUGUUCAGGGACGCCGGUAACGUGACAUUCGACUUCAUAGUUGUGGGCGGCGGUAGUGCAGGCGCCACUGUCGCGGCCCGCCUCAGCGAGAUACCCGAAUGGAAUGUGCUGCUGCUUGAGGCGGGUGGUGACCCACCGGCCAACACGGAAACGCCUCUUAGGUUCAGCGAUUUGAUGACGAGCGACGUCGACUGGACGUUCAUCACUGAACCCGAACCACACCUGUUCGGGGGCUUGGAACACGGUCGGUGCCAGGUGUCCAGGGGCCUGAUGCUAGGUGGAUCAUCGUCCAUGAACGCCAUGAUGUACUUGCGGGGCACCAAGCGUGACUUUGACGAAUGGGAGCGGCUGGGCAACACGGGCUGGGGGUUCGGUGAUGUGCUGCCGUACUUCAUCAAGUCGGAGAAUUUCACGGGUAGUGGUGGUCGGUGGGAUGCGGUGCCACACGGCCGCAACGGCCCGCUCACAGUCAGUCCACUGGUUUCCAUCGACCCGGCGUACUCGGCAGUCGCCGACGGCAACCGGCUGCUCCGGUUGGCAGAGUUGGACGACAUAAACCGGUUCGCACCCCCGGCGGUUGGGUACGGCCCGAUGGACUUCACUGUGCGCGACGGUCUCCGGUGCAGCACGCUCAAGGCGUUCCUGUUACCGGCCAGUGGACGGCAAAAUCUGUUCGUGGCGAAAAAUGUAAGGGUGACCCAGGUGAUGAUGCAGCGAAUCUCGGCACCCGGUGGUAGAAACUGCACCAGGGCGGUGGGCGUGGAGUACGUCACACCGUCGGGGCGAGCGAAGCGAGUGUACGCCUCCCGGGAAGUGAUUCUUUCCGCGGGCGUGAUUAUGAGCCCUCAGAUCCUCAUGGUGUCGGGUGUGGGGCCAGCGGAACACUUGCGCCAACAUGGAAUCCGCGUAAUCAGUGACUUGCCGGUAGGCUACAACUAUCAGGACCACGUUUCGUUCGCUGGACUCGUGUUCAGUGAUCGGAAGAACCGAUCACGGGCCGACAUAUCUCGAGAGAGCACCGACCUGGUCCGGGCCACGUUGGACUUGGUGUCUGCAGGUAUAGGAACGAUGGGCCUGACAAACCUCGUGAGCUUCGUCGACACCGCGGCAAAGGGACGCGCUGACAUACAGGUCGUAUACCUCAGAUUCGCGUACAACAGCACGAGAAACACACCGAAUAAGCGGAGCAGGAUGUCGAAUAUGUUCGGGUACUCAGAUCAAGUUGCAAGGCUGUACGAUGAUCUGAACAUUCUAAGUGACUCUGUGCUAGCGAUACCGAUCAACGUCGAUGGCCGGAGCACCGGGCGUGUGGUCCUCCGGUCGGGUGACCCGAUGGCGCGCCCGAAAAUCUACACCAAUUACUUGUCACACGACGACGAGAUCGAGACGCUGCUGCGUGGAAUUGACUUCGUUGUGGAACUGUCAAAAACCAAACCGAUGGUGGACGCGGGACUAGUUUUAGAACCGGUCGAGUUUCCAGACUGCGUGGCUCACGCCUGGGGAACCAGAGACUAUUGGGUGUGCGCAAUCCGCAACGUCGGCACAUCGCUCUAUCACCCGGUUGGCACUUGUCGGAUGGGCCCUGCCUGCGAUCACCGGUCGGUAGUUGACACCACGCUAAACGUGAAGGGCGUGAACGGUCUCCGGGUGAUUGACAGCUCGAUAAUGCCCAAAGUCGUUUCGGUAAACACGAACGCCGCGACCAUAAUGAUCGCCGAAAAGGGAUCGGACAUAAUAAAAAAAUUUUACGGUAAACUUUUGUAA